UUUUAGUUUUAUUGUGCAUUACAUUAUGAAAAUCAUCAUUCGUUAUUGCUCACAAUGGGGUAAUAUGAGUACUAAGACUUGUACUGUGAGUCCGAACAUCAAAGUGGCUUAAUUGAAAUAACAAAUCGCUUAACUUACAGAUAUUCGUGAAGAAGAAUAGACAUUGAUCUUAAAUGAACACACUCUUGAAGAUGAUCGGCAUCUUUUUUAUUACAAUCCUGAAGAUUGCCAAUUCAUUUAUGUGAAUAGGGAGAAUCAAGCUGUAGAAGAAGAAACUCCUGAAACCACCGAAGUCUUGGAAGUUCAGAAAGGAUACAAUCGUAUGAAAGGAUAUGAAAAGUUGGGCAUAGUACAUGAGGAUUCAGAAGAAGAAGAUGAGAAUCGCAAGAAGUCUAUCGGCAUGCAUAAAUCCUAAAUGGAAAUUGCUGCUGAAUUCAUUAAAGUAAAUAUUGUAUUUCAAAUUUAUAAGCAAGUAAAAUGCAAUGACAUUCCAGCAAUAAAAGCGAUGGUUAGCAAUCAUAAAAGUCCAUCUUUUGAUAUUAUAAAUGACAGAUAAUAUUGUGGAUUUAGCGGAUUCCACUAUGCAAACCUAUAUGGACAUGAAGAACUAGUUACAUAUCUGAUUGAGGAAGGGGCUGAUAUAAAUCUUUGUACAAAGGAUAGAUAGUCUCCACUUUAAUUAGCUUUAAAAAACUCAAAAGUAGAAUGUGCUAAACUUCUUCUUAGUAAGUAAGUUUGCGAUGUGAACUAUUGUGCGUAAGGAAAGAGUGCCUUACAAUUGGCAGUUCAAAAAGGAGAGCUAGAUAUUGUAGAAUUGAUUCUAAAACAUCCUUAAUUCGAUGCAUAGGCUGUGGAUUUAAGUGAAAUAAAAGGAGAUCAAUAUGCUGCUUAAUUGGUGACAUAUCACUGCUAAUAGAAAUUGAAUAAGGCUUAGGAAUUGGUCAAGCCUAACGCUUAGAAAGGAUAUAUAAAGAAAGUGAAUGUGAUGAAGUUCUUUCAUUAUAAACGUUACUUAACCUUAGACCCAGAAGCAGGUACCCUUUGCAGAUAUAAAACAGAAGGAGAUUGUCCUCUUAAUCCAAUAGAGACAGUUGCAUUAUCAAAUGUAGUGUCAGUUUGGAACCCAAAAAGAGAAUGGUAUAUGAAGAGUGAUCAUGAAUAUUUAAGUGUAAGACAAAUUGAUUUCUCUAUUGUAGGUUUCAUAUAAGAAAGGCGGAGUUGAAAUACUAUUAUUUUGUUCAAAAAGCAAGAGUACAAUUCUGAGUUGGAAGAAGAGUCUUGAAGACUCAAUUAUAUAUUACAAAGAAGUUGAAAAGAAGAUAGUUUAAUUAUCUAUCAAAGGAGAUAUAAUGGGAUUGAAUCAAUUUAUAAGUAAUGGUGAAGGUGGAUAAUUUAAUAUAAUAGCAGAUUCUAGAUGUUAAUCUUUAAAUGAUCAAGCUGCUUAAAAUUUGUAGAAGGAAGCUUAUUAAGUAUAGGAAUAAUAAUAGUAAUAAUAAUAAUAAUAAUAAUAAUAAUAAUAAUAAAAAGAAUAAUAAUAAUAAUAGUAAUCUCCAACUCGUACACUUUCUCCAGUAGAAGGAAAUUAAGGGAAUGAGUAAUUUAAAUAAUAUUUAAUAAAUUAUACUGUAAUAAAAUAAAUUGGAUAGGGAGCAUUUGGUAAAGUAUUUUUGGUUAAAUAUAAUCCAACAAAUUAAAUUUAUGCAAUGAAACAAUUAAAUAAAAGAAAAUUGCUGCAAAAGAAGUAAGUAAAAUUUGCAGUUACUGAAUGUGAUAUAUUGAAAUAAGUAGAUUCACCAUACAUAGUGAAUUUAUUCUAAUCUUUUUAGACUCUAAAUAAUCUAUAUUUAGUGAUGGAUUAUUGUGGUGGAGGGGAUUUAUCAUUUCAUCUAUAUAAACAUAAGACUUUCAAUGAAGCUACAUGUAAGAUAAUCAUUAGAUAAUUAAUGAAAGCAGUAGAAUACUUACAUAGUAAAGAUAUAAUUUACAGAGAUUUAAAGCCUGAGAAUGUUCUUAUAGACAAUGAGAAUAAAAUAAAGUUAGUAGAUUUUGGACUUUCUAAAUAAGCAGAAAUGGGAAAGGCAAAAACAUUUUGUGGUUCUCCUGCUUAUCUUGCACCAGAAGUUCUUUCUUAAAAAGGGGCUGUACAAGCAACAGAUGUUUAUGGAAUAGGUACAGUGUUAUAUGAAUUAUUGAUUGGAGAACCUCCUUACUUUAGUGAAGAUUUAGAUACCUUAUAUAAUAACAUCAGAAAUGAUAAUUUAUAGAUUCCGAGUAGAUUAAGCAAAUCUUGUUAAUCAUUAUUAUAGAGUCUAUUGUAGAAAGAAGCCAAUAAAAGGAUUGGAUGUAAGUUUCCAUCCCAAGUUAAUUGGAAUAUCAUUAAAUAACAUGAAUGGUUAGAUUGGGAUAAUCCAUAGGAAAAGCUUAGUUUUGGAUUAACAUAAGAAAACUUAGCUAGUGUUGUUAAGAGUUAUACUCAUGUAUAUAGUUUUAUAAAUGUUUAGAAUUUGGGAGACACCGAUUACACCGAUGAGAAUUAUAAAUUAAAUAGGAUAGUCGGAUGGACUUUCGCUAGGGUUAUUUGA